GCUACAACUUUAACUCGUAUGACUACAACUUUAACUCGUAUGACUACAACUUUAACUCGUAUGACUACAACUUUAACUCGUAUGACUACAACUUUAACUCGUAUGACUACAACUUUAACUCGUAUGGCUACAACUUUAACUCGUAUGACUACAACUUUAACUCAUAUGGCCACAACUUCAACUCGUAUGACUACAACUUUAACUCGUAUGGCUACAACUUUAACUCGUAUGGCCACAACUUUAACUCGUAUGGCCACAACUUUAACUCGUAUGGCUACAACUUUAACUCGUAUGACUACAACUUUAACUCGUAUGGCUACAACUUUAACUCGUAUGACUACAACUUUAACUCGUAUGGCUACAACUUUAACUCGUAUGGCUACAAAUUAAACUCGUAUGACUACAACUUUAACUCGUAUGACUACAACUUUAACUCGUAUGACUACAACUUUAACUCGUAUGACUACAACUUUAACUCGUAUGACUACAACUUUAACUCGUAUGGCCACAACUUUAACUCGUAUGACUACAACUUUAACUCGUAUGACUACAACUUUAACUCGUAUGGCUACAACUUUAACUCGUAUGGCUACAACUUUAACUCGUAUGACUACAACUUUAACUCGUAUGACCACAACUUUAACUCGUAUGACUACUACUUUAACUCGUAUGGCUACAACUUUAACUCGUAUGGCCACAACUUUAACUCGUAUGACUACAACUUUAACUCGUAUGACUACAACUUUAACUCGUAUGACUACAACUUUAACUCGUAUGACUACAACUCUAACUCGUAUGGCCACUUUAACUUGUAUGACUACAACUUUAACUCGUAUGGCCACAACUUUAACUCUAUGACUACAACUUUAACUCUUAUGACUACAACUUUAACUCGUAUGACUACAACUUUAACUAGUAUGACUACAACUUUAACUUGUGUGACUACAACUUUAACUCGUAUGACCUCAUUUUUAACUGGUAUAACCACAACUUUAGAUUAA